AUGGCGUCGCCUUUCCCUUCCAUUGAGAUACCCAACCUCGACCUCUGGACAUUACUGUUCGAGAGGGUCGAUCGUCCCUACGCAUCAGACAAAACGCUCUUCCUGGACCCUCUGAGCGACCACAGCCUCAGCUUCCGCCAACUCCGCCAGCGAUCCCUGGCCUUCACCGAAGCCAUUCAGCAGCAAUGGGGCUGGCAACCCGGAGACGUGCUGAUGGUCGUUGCACCCAACUCCAUUGCCUUACCUGAGGUGAUUUAUGGCACACUGGCCGCCGGCGGCGUGGUGUGUCCGGUGAACCCGCACUACCGUGCAGACGAGCUGCGACAUCCCCUGACCGAUGCGCGGGUCAAAGCCGUAGUGACCACGCAGGCCCAAGCGCCAGUGGUGUUUGAGGCCGUCGACCGCGCAGGCCUGUCGCGCGAUCGCGUGUUGGUGCUGGAUGCGCUGGUGCGCUCGCUGGUGGUGGACCAGACGCUCUCCGCCGCCCGCGACCAGCCUCACCAGCCCCCGAUCGCAUCCCCCGAAAACCUCGCCUUUCUGGUUUAUUCUUCCGGCACGACCGGAUUGCCGAAAGGAGUGAUGCUCUCGCACCGCAAUCUGGUCGCGAACCUGGCGCAAAACGUGGCGAUUGACGGGGGCAACCUGACGACGGCCGACCGGGCGAUUGCCGUGCUGCCUUUCUUCCACAUCUACGGAAUCACCUAUCUCCUCAACCUAACGGUCUUCAUCGGCAUGAGCAUCGCGGUCCUUCCGCGCUACGCCUUCGACCCCUUCUGCACGACGAUCCAGCGCCACCGCAUCACCUACGCCUACGUCGUGCCGCCCGUGGUGCUGGAGCUGGUCACCAAUCCACGCGUCACGCAAUACGACCUCUCAUCACUACGCAUGACGCUUUCCGCCGCCGCUCCGCUAGCCGUGGAGUUGAUCCACGCCCUAAGAAAGAAACUGGGUGUUCCCGUGCGUCAAGCGUACGGCAUGAGCGAGUGUGCGCCGUGCACACAUUUGCAGACCUUCGAUGAAGCCCUCACUCACCCUGGCUCUGUAGGCCGUCUCAUGCCUAAUAUGACCGCCACCUUCGCGGCUGUGCCAGGCGAGGAAUCCGACUCGCAUUCCCCGGGCACACGCGAGUUACCCGGGGAGCUGUGGGUGAGGGGCCCGAAUGUGUUUACGGGGUAUUUGAACAAUGCCAAGGCGAAUGCCGAGUCGUUCGCCCAGACGACGGGGUACUACAAGACCGGCGAUGUGGGCUACGUCGACGCGCGGGGGAACCUGUUCAUCACCGACCGCGUCAAGGAGCUGAUCAAGUAUAAUGGGUUCCAGGUGGCGCCUGCCGAGCUGGAGGGGAUUAUUCUCGGGUUCGACGAGGUGGUGGCGGAUGUGGGCGUCGUCGGCGUCGCCAGUGGCACCGCGGGGACGGAGUUGCCGCGGGCGUACGUCGUGGUCAAGGAGGGCGUGGACGCCUCGGCGGAGGUGGGCAGCCGCAUUGAGGCCUGGGUGAGAGAGAGAGUCGUGAGUUAUAAGCAGCUCAGGGGAGGGGUGCGCUUCGUGGACGCUAUUCCUCGGAAUCCGUCGGGGAAGAUCCUGCGCCGCGAAUUGAAGCGCUUGCAGAAGGAAGCGCGUCUAUGAGGAAUUUUGGGACUUUUGGGAUUCUCUCAAAGGCGGUGUGGAGUGGGUUUGUUUUCGAGCUCAUUCCGGUACUUUUUUUUUUGUUUUGUUUCAUUCACUCUCAGUUUUGCAUGUAACUACGGACUCCGGACUGUCCUCCCGUGAUCGUCCCCAGGAUAUCCUAAAACAGCAACGCUUGCCAGAUUCUAGAUCGAGUCUUGAUCGGCCACGCUUGCAGUAUCAGAAAGCCAAUUUCCUUGAGCUAGCCAUGACACCACAAUGAGGCAAUACUGAGAUUGAGCACAGAACUGCAGCUGCAGGGCCCAUGCAGCCUCAGCUGCCAUUUUCACAUCUACCCACUGCAGCUGAACUGUCAAGCACCAGCUCCACGACUGCUGGAUUUCAAUCUCAUGUCAGUCAUGAGAGCAAUAUAGAAAGACAAAAAAGAAAUCCAACGGAAGCAAAUACUAUCAUAUCGAGACCAAAGAAAGGGGGGCUGGCGUC